AUGGCCCCACUGAAGAUGCUGGCCAUGGUCACCCUCCUUCUGGGGGCUUCUCUGCAGCACAUCCAUGCAGCUCGAGGGACCAAUGUUGGCCGGGAGUGUUGCCUGGAGUACUUCAAGGGAGCCAUUCCCCUUAGAAAGCUGUCUGCUUGGCACAGGACCUCCCAGGACUGUAACCGGAAAGCCAUCGUGCUUGUGACCGUCCAGGGCAGGGCCAUCUGUUCAGACCCUGAGGACCAGCAUGUGAAGAAGGCGCUUAAAUACCUGAAAAGCCUGCAGAGGUCUCGCAGCCUCCUCACCCGGGACUCCUGA